AUGCCGCUAACGACAUUUGAACUUUUAGCAAAUGAAAUAUUAUUUCAGUGCUUUCAAUAUUUGAAUAUUAUUCAUAUAUUUCAUUCAUUUGAUCAAUUAAAUCAUCGUUUUAAUCGUCUUAUACGAAAUAUUCCAUUUCAUUUAAAUUUUCAAAAUAUUCCAAGUAAAUUUCAAUGUGAACAAUUCUGUCAAAAGUUAUCGAUUGAACAAACAAUGAAAACUCAACUUCAUUCAUUAUACUUAUCCAACAAAAGUACUUGUUAUCCGGCUCAUUUAUUCCUUUCAAAAUGUUCCUUAACAGAUUUUCCAAAUCUUCGUUCAUUAACUUUUCAUCAUACAACACAAGUCAAUUGGAAAUGUAUUUGCUUAACUUUACCAUUAUUAUCUAAACUAUCUUGUUUGCGGAUGAUUGAUAGUUUUAUGGGUGAUAGUUUUAUAAGAGACAAUAUGAUGUCUCUAUUAGCAACGAUGUCACAAAUACAAAUAUUAAAGCUAACUUUUCAAUACUACCAACAAUGGGCUUCAAAUAUUCACUUUCCAUCACUUGUAUAUUUAUCAAUAAACCGAUGUUAUUCAACCGAUCUAUUCGGUACACUCGCCAGUGCAUUAAAAUUAAAACAUUUGCGAAUAGGGGAAGUUCCUUCCACUACUUCUCCUCCAACUGCAGUAAAUUUGACUAAUCCUGCGAUUAAUCUUCAAACUCUACAUAUUGACUCAUUUGAAGGUGAAAUAGAUCAUCUUUUUCAAUUGUUAGAACGAACACCAAAUUUAGAAAAGUUAUCAAUAUUGAAUUGUUGUCGACCAAAUAUCAUAAAUGUCGAUAGAUGGAAAAACCUGAUGAUUUCUUCAUUAAGACAUCUAAAAAAAUUUCAAUUCAUAUUUUCUAUUGAUUACACCAAUCGCAGCGAAAAUGAUGAACAAAUUUUGAAACGAUUUCAGAAUAGCUUUCCGUAUACGGAAUAUAUGAUGACAAGAUCUUACGUAACAAUUUAUACAAUACCAUAUCCAUCGAAAAGCUUUAUGAUUCGACUUGAUCGUGAUAGACAUUAUAAUGACAUAGUUAAUUAUAUGAACACAUUUGAUCAUGUGAAAUACUUAACAAUCGAACCUGUGAUAUUAGAAGAAAAAAAUCAAUAUCAUUUUUCUAAUGUAGAUUCGUUAUCACUUGCAAGCACAUGUUCUUUAUUUCGUGAUAAUCCUCUAAAAAUGAAAUAUUCAGAUUUCAGAUGUCUGCAAAUGACAGUUAAUUUAGCAAAUAUUAAACAUUUGAGUUUAUUACAACAUUUUAAAUUCGAAACAUCAGGUAUACUCGUGGAAAUAUUCAAAUCUGCGAGAGAUUUAACAUCAUUAGGCGUUUACUUAGAUGAUCUAAGACAUUGGAUUGAAGAUGGUGAACUAUGUAAAUAUUUCAAUAAAUGUAUUCGAAAACUGGAGUUCUUUGUUUUUAAUCGGUUUCAAAACUCGAUUCAAUUGGAACAAUUCUGUAACAUAUUUAAUAACCUUGAACAACUUUACUGUACUGUAAACGAAUUAGAAACUCUAUUUUUAAUUAAAUAUCUACCUAAAUUAACAUAUCUACAAAUUGAUGUCUUUUGCAAGAAUUAUCAAAUAUCUUCGAUUGGAAAUGAACUGGAAAAACUUGGUUUGGAUAUAGUUGGUAGUUUUGAUGCUGAGUACAAUCCUCGGCUAUUAUUUAUUUGGAUCAAUCGGAAUUAA